AAGGAAGUCGUGUCCUUCACUCCAAUGACUGCACAGUUACCACGAGGGGCUGCUGCCUGACCUCUCUGCUCACCUGCCAGGGCUUGCUUCCCCCGGACUCCCCCACAAAUUUGCUUCUGUUUUCUAGGUAAAGGGGAAGUAGGCAGCCCCAGGGAGGGGACUGUGGCACCAGGCAGCACCUCGCCUGUGGGGGCCUGAAGGCUUAUGCUUGCUCCCUGCACUUCUCUGGUUUCCCAGCGUGCCGGAGCCACGCACGUUCGCGUUACCUCUCUGAGCCUCGGUUUUCUCAUCUGUAAAAUGGGGAUGGGCGUGGUAGCCACCUCUCAGGAUGGGUGUGAGGUUGAAACAGGCAAAAUGCCUGCUAGCACAGUGGCAUGGAGCGUGAGCCCCAGGCAGCUCUGAGCCGUGGCUCGGCAGUUAGCCAGCCAGAGGAAGCUCAAGAUUUGGAUGGCCCUCGGGGUCCCGAUGGGACCACCAUAUAUGUGGCUGUAGCUCACUAAAUAUGUUUUCAGCCUGAGGAUGCACACUAAGAGAGGAGGUAGAGGUCUGGAGGGCAGCCUGUAACUGAGGGAGAGGAAGAAGAGGACAUUUAAAUCAGCUCCUUCCAGAGAGAGGAGGCCUUACUUACCCAGAGCUCACCAGUCACACACCUGACAGCAGGGAACAGCUGUGGACGGCUCCCCCAGUCAGAAGACUCACAGCCCAGAGUCCCCUGCCUUAAUGGUAACGAUAUUCUUAUUAACAGUGGUCCUCUGAGUCUCCCACUCUGAGCCAGGUGCUUUAUAUCAUUUUCUUUUCUUUUUUCUUUCUUUCUUUCUUUUUUUACAAUAACACAAAAGUGGGGUGGCCAACUUGUCCCAAUUUUCUGGGACUUUCACAGAGAAGUUCCAGAUCUUGAGGACCCCCCCUCUGUCCCAGCUCUUCCGGGGAGGUUGGUCACCCCGUAGAAGGUAGGUAUGCUAUCUCUAUUUCUCAGGCGAGGACAGGGAAAUCCCAGAACUCAAGCUGCCCAAGCUAAUCAGCUCACAGCUCACAGCUCACAGCUAAUAAGUGUUGGGGGCAGGAUUUCCGGCUGGGUCUGUUCACCUGCAGAGCAUUUGCACGAUGCCUCUACUCCACAUGGCAUCUGGGCAUCACCGGGCCCCUGUCUUCCUUCCUUGUAGCUUGAGGACCAAACAGAACAAAACCUUCUGUGCUGAUCCAAAGGAGAAAUGGGUCCAGAAAGCCAUGGCACAUCUAGAGCGCCAGACUGCUAUGCCGGUGCAAAAUGGCGGCACGUUCGAGAAGCAAAUUGGCGUGGGUGAACCCAGGACCACCCUGGCCGCCAGGGGAAUGGACAAGUCUACGGUCACAGAGCCCAAAGCUACCCGGGAAAGCAGUGGCCAGGAGGCACAGAGGGCCUUGGGGACUUCUCCAGAGCUGUCGACAGGAGUGGCUGAUUCCUGGGGGACCAGGUUCCCCUCCACUUCAAAGGCUCCAGAUGGAGGGCCUCCAGCUGGGUCCCAGAGGACUGAGCUUUUCAACGCCGCUGCCCUCACCACCCCGGCGUCCUGGCAGAGUUCUGCCUACAAACCUGGGUCGGGCCUCUGGGCUGAGGGAAAGGCCUCUGAGGCCCUCCCCACCCAGGCCCCCGCCCCCCCGGCCCCCCCCCCCCGGGCCCCCCCCACCCAGGCCCCCUCUACCCAGACCCUCCUUACCCAAGACCCCUCCACCCAGACCCUCCCUACCCAGGCCCCCCCUACCCAGGUCCCCACCAUUUUAUACACAGCCUCAGAGGACCAACCUGUGUGGACCUCUGGCCCCAUGCCAGAGAACUCUCUAGGGCCCAUGGAGAUGGGUCCCAUUUCAGCUCACACGGAUGCUCUCAGAGGGUCUGACAGCAUGCCCCGUCUCUCCAUGGUCCCUGUGUCCUCAGAAAGUGUUCCCAGCAGGGAGCCAGUGGCCUCAGGCAGCUGGACCCCUAAGGCUGAGGAGCCCAUCCAUGCCACUGUGGACCCCCAGCGGCUGGAAGUCCUCAUCACUCCUGUCCCUGACUCCCAGGCGGCCACCCGGAGGCAGGCAGUAGGGCUGUUGGCCUUCCUCGGCCUCCUCUUCUGCCUGGGGGUGGCCAUGUUCGCCUACCAAAACCUCCAGGGCUGCCCCCGCAAGAUGGCAGGGGACAUGGUGGACGGGCUUCGCUAUGUCCCCCGGAGCUGCGGCAGUAACUCGUACGUCCUGGUGCCCGUGUGAGCUGCCUACCUGCCUGCGUCCAGUUGUUCAACUCAGACAGCUGCCUGGGGUCCCCCAUCCUUAUAUCCACCCUCACCCAAGGCCUGACCUGAGCUGGGAUGAUCAGAGCAAGGACGCAGGAUCUUUCGCAAGGAACUGCUCCCAGCUCCCGGGCACGCCCCAGGAGGCCACUCCUCACCUUUGUUGACCUACCCGGGACAGGAGUGGUGGCCUUUGCAACUCACUCCCGUGUCCCCAAGUCAGGAAACUUCUGCUGCUGGCUGGUUAGAGGUUCCCUUUGACACAGUCCCAGACCCAGUAAACAAUUAUUUAUUGAACAAACGCCCGGCCCCUCUGGUUCCCAUGCCCACACGUUACCACGGUCAUCCCAUCUCACGAAUGAGCCUCAGGCCAGGCCCCUCCUGCCCCACUCCCUCAGACCUCAUCGUGUCUCUUGGUCCCGCUGCAGUCGCCAGUCACCCCGGCUACCUGCGGUGCUAUCUCCCCCAUCCCCUGUACAGAGCCCACACCCAGCCGGGGACCCGUCUUCUCUUGCAUGAGGCUAGUGUGGCGUUUCCUGGGACUGCCCCCAGAAAGGCUCUGCCCUCGGUUAGGCAUUGUGGGAAGGGGAGACCAAGCGACCUGGUGGCUUUGAUUUGUGUUUCUUCUCAGUCGAUGCUGUGCAGAGGAGGGACAUUGACUUUGAGCGUGAAAGCUGGGGUUCUAGCUCAUCACCAACCCAGCAAGGCAUCCGUACCUCUGGUUUUCCAUCUGGGGAAGGAAAGAGUCAUGGCAAAUGUGUGACAGUAACCUGUCCUGACGGGCAUCACUCACUGGUCCAGAGACCCCCCUUUUCCCAGACCCUGGGUGUAGCCUCACAACGGAACACACCUCAGCCGGUCUUCACCCGCCGGGGAGCCCGGCACGCUGCUGGGCUCUGAGACUGGGAGCGGUGCAAGAGAGAGAUCUGAUAGCUCAGGUCCUGCUCUGUGGGAGGGAGUCAGCUCUGUGGGCCCCCUGAGGGGACCGGGCUGGCUUUGAGAACAGCCCUCUCAGGGUCACCAGGCUUGCAGGGACACCCGGACAAGCCGAAGUGAUGUGUGACAGGCUGAGGAGGAGUGGAGGCCUGCGGGCUCCCCGGGGGGCUGAGGCGCUCAGGAAAAGGAAAGGGGGAGGCUGCAGGGGGCAGCCCCUGGCCUGUGUGAGGGACUUGGGCCCUGCGUUUGCCGUUUCUGCAGCCUGGAGUCCUCUUCUGCCUCUCUCACUCCCUAACAACACUGCUGUCCUCCGGUCCGGGUCUUCCCUCACCCUCCAGCCCACCACAGGCAGGGCCAGGGUUGCAAGGACAUUUUCCAUGGGAUCAGAGUCCACCGCUGAAACCUGAGGUUCCGUGUUUACCUCUGAAAGACUCCGUCCUGUGGGGAGGGAAGCUGUGGGCACCAAGUCACGGGUUCCCUUUUUGGGUGCUGAGGACUCAGGCAGGCCUGACAGGGCCUGCGGGCCUCACCCCUCAGAGUCCCCAGGGGCAGCUCUCCCCCUCCCUCUGUCCCUGACGGUGACCCUUGCCCCCCACCUGGGGAGCCUCCCAUGAGCCAGGCUUCCCCCAGGUGUGGGUGACACUCUACUUGGCAGAUAGAUGCUCAGAGGAAGCAGACACAGCUCUGGCCCACAGAGAGGGGCCCUCCUGCACCGCCUGCUGCACACGACCUGGGAUGUUGGGGCCUGGCUCUAGUGGGGGGCACUCUGAUGGCUUGGAGGGCAGACAGCAGGUCUAAAUGCACUUUUUUGGGCUCCCCCAGGUUUGGAGAGCCCUCGAGGAGUGGAGCACCCAUGAUGGGGCUCCCUACUUUUGUGAGGAGACAGCUGGGAGCGGCCAGUUCCCCUUCCACAGACUUGAUUAGUCCCCCUCCCCCCAAGCAGGACAUGGGCAAGGACAAUUUGGGGGGGGGGGGGACUUUGGAAGGAGUUGGUUGAUCCUUUGCUUUUCCAACCCUAUCACCAAUGUCUGUGCCAUUUUGUAUUUUACUAAUAAAAUUGAAAAGUCUUGUGAAUCGAAUAAAGUAACUUGCUCUAGGGCAGGCUCAGCAACCAGACCUCAGGGGCGAUGGCAUAAAGGAGGGGCCUAGAAUCUCUGGGUCCAGCCCGCGUGGGGUGGAGGAGGAGUCCUUUACAGUCAGCAGGAGAAGCAGCACUAGGGAUAGGGGGUGAGGAGGGUUGAGUCCCUGGCCUGGCUUUGUUCUGCUCUGCUGUGUGACUUUGGGCAGUGCCUUCACCUCUCUGGGCCUGUUUACCAUCAGGCGUGAGACUUCUCCUAGUGGCUCCCUUCCCUGGCAGGAAUCAGAAUCUCUUAUGAAGCCACUCCUGUGCCUCCCCGUGCCUACUAAACCUCCAUCUCUGGGGCCUUAGUAGCACCAUUAGCGAUCCGGUCAUCCAUGGGAGCACAGUGGGCCACAUUUUCUUCUUGGCUACUUUGACUCAUUGCUGGUCCAGAUAAAGAUCAAAAAGAGAUUACUUCCCAAAGGACUUGGGUGUUCACAGAUAGGACCCAAACCCAAACCUCCUGGUGGCCCCUAAGCCGUCCAAUGUCCCAGGGUGGCAUCAUAAGAGCUGCUAUGUACAGUUGUGUAGAUUGGGAACUGCACAAGUUUCUACAGAUCAAGUCCAGCCUAUUAUUACACAAUAUUUCAUGGAUCCUGAGAUGCACAUUUUUUUUUUGCAUUGUGACAUCUUUGGAAUUGGGAUUUGUCCUCCAAUCCAUGGCUUGUCAUAGUUUAAUUGACAGGUCUUUUUUUUGUUUAUUAGUAGUUUACUAAAUAUCAGAGUGCCCUACAGCCAAUGGCAUUUUAGAUUAGAUAUCUACACGGUGUUUUUAAAAAUUAGAGGCAGUAUGUAAAAAUCAGGAAAUUACACACACAAGCCUAUUCUUCUGUGUUCUCUCGGGUGACUCAGAAGGUCUGGCCCUACCACGACAUCAGUGGGUCAGGCCCCAGCAGCAGCUUCCUCUUGAGAAGGGGCAGGCCAGGGUGAGACCCCCAGUUCUCUAGCAUCCCCUAACCGCUUAGCGCUCUUGGAGCUUGUGACCAUGUCAAGUACCGUUUUUCAUCACCCUUCUCUUGUUUAUCUUAGAGCAAGGAUAUUUUUGUCCAAACCCAAGUCUGCACCGAAAGUGGGACAAGGUCAUGAUGGGCACAUGACUUUUCUUAUACCCUGCUGCCUUCCUCCUUCAUUUUACUACCUGCCAAACCCCACAGGCAUGUGGGUUUGAGGGUCCUGUGUGAAUCUGAGGUUGCUGCCUCUGUGCAAGCUGCCCAUUCUAGUACGUCCCUUAGCAGCGAGCCACAGCUCUGCCCGAGCCCCCUCAAGCUCAUUUCCUCCUGCUUUUGCCCAUUCCACACCCAAGGAGGAGCUCAGAGGCAAGGUCACAAGCCUCCAGCCUCUCGAACCCCAUCCUUUCGGCAACAUGGAACAUGACCAGAGGCUUUGCAAUUUGUUUUGUUUUUUAAUCACAUUGUUAGGUAAGGUUUAAACUCCUCUUGCUCCAGAAGAGGAUGGAGAGUGGGAGAGACCUGAAUUCUGGCUCAGUCCGGAGCAGUACCCUGGGGAUCCUGGAGCAUUCGGUUUUCUUUCACUUAGACGGCUACACUUCACACGUGGUGCCCAAAUUCACUCAGAGUUGGAAGGAGACUCAGAGGCCUCUCAAAUCUCUGACAGGGCUGUGGGGUCUCUGAGACGUCAUCAGAUAAGAUAAUAAAAGCCACUGUUUGUUUAGUGUUUACCCGUGCCAGGCAGUGUGCUAAGUUCUUUGCAUACAAUGUGCCCAUCUUGCAGUUGAGGAAAGGAAGGCUCUCCAAGCCCAAGGUUAAGUGGCUGAGAUGGGGGUCUGACCUGCAGUCUUUCUCCAGGACUUGAAUGUUAGUCUUUGUUUCUGAAAGUAUGAGCCAUCGAUUCUUUUUAUUUUUUUAACAUUAAAAAAAUGUUUAUUUAUUUAGCAAGAGUCAGUGGGGGAGGGGCAGGGAGAGAGAAGGUGAGAGAGCAUCCCAAGCAGGCUCCACGGCUGUCAGCGCAGAGCCGACUCAUUAACAGUGAGAUCAUGACCCGAGCUGAAAUCAAGAGUUGGACUCUUAACUGACUGAGCUACCCAGGCAUCCCUGAACCACGGAUUCUUAAAAGUACAGACACCAGGCCCCCACUUCAGAGCCACUGGAUCCAGACUCCAGGGAUGAAAGCACCUUUAAGCUGCUGUCCUUACCCCUUCCUCUCCUGCCUGCCCCCCUCCGCCCUGCACUGCCCUCCAAGUUAGAGAUUUGGCACCUAGCCCAAGUUUUGGAGACCCCCCCCUUCCCUGCCCCCAUCCCUGUCCAAGGCCCGCCCACUCCAUCCCCCACCGAGGCUUGCAGGGUCCUGUGGGCAGUAGCCACUAACAGCCUUCCCACUCUCUGCCCUUUGCCGUUAGUCCCUUCCCUCCCCUGUGUCCUCUGUA